GUCUGGUCUUGGAGAAAUUUUCCUUUAACAUACAUUACAUAUGUGUGUGUGUAUGUAUACUUAUAUAUAUUCCACACAGACACAGGCUUUCGCUGGGUUGUUGGAAUCCAGAUUAUUUUUAACCCUGCGUUAACGGAUGUGAGGCGGUCGGACCGAGCCUUGCGUGCCAAUCCCGCGGAGUUUAGACGGUCUCUCACGGGGGCUCUGUAGCCGUAUUGUGCGUCAUCUCCAUCGCUGCCGUUCUGUUAUUUUUCCUCCGUUGAGGCAACAUGGCAACUCCCGCCGCGGUCAACCCGUCCGAGAUGGGCAGUGAGUUGCCAGGGACAGUGGGGAUGCCGGGAGCAGUUGGUGCUGGCCAGGUGAGGAUGGGAGGAACCGUGCCAGGCCGCGGGGGCAAGAGGAGAUCAGGAGGAAUGGACUUUGAUGAUGAAGACGGAGAGGGACCUAGCAAAUUUUCAAGAGAGAACCACAGUGAGAUUGAGCGACGCCGGCGCAACAAAAUGACCCAGUACAUCACUGAGCUUUCAGACAUGGUCCCCACCUGCAGCGCCCUCGCCCGGAAACCUGAUAAGCUGACCAUCCUGCGUAUGGCUGUGUCCCAUAUGAAAUCCAUGAGGGGCACCGGCAACACGUCCACUGACGGGGCCUAUAAGCCCUCCUUCCUCACUGAGCAGGAACUGAAACAUCUGAUUCUGGAGGCGGCCGACGGCUUCCUGUUUGUGGUUGCUGCGGAAACAGGCCGGGUGAUCUACGUGUCGGACUCGGUGACGCCGGUGCUGAACCAUCCCCAGUCAGAGUGGUUUGGCAGCACUCUGUAUGAACAGGUCCACCCCGACGAUGUGGACAAGCUGAGGGAACAGCUCAGUACCUCAGAAAACUCCAUGACAGGACGGAUUCUGGACCUGAAGACGGGAACAGUGAAGAAGGAGGGACAGCAGUCCUCGAUGAGAAUGUGCAUGGGCUCCCGGCGCUCCUUCAUCUGCCGCAUGAGGUGUGGCAGUGCUCCUCUGGAUCACAUCUCCCUAAACCGUCUGUCUAACAUGAGGAAGAGAUACAGGAAUGGCCUUGGACCCUCAAAAGAAGGAGAAGCUCAGUACUCUGUGGUGCACUGCACUGGCUACAUCAAAGCCUGGCCCCCUGCAGGUAUGACUAUACCAGAAGAAGACACAGAGGCAGGUCAGACUGGAAAAUACUGCCUAGUGGCCAUUGGAAGACUGCAGGUCACUAGCUCUCCGGUUUCCAUGGAUAUGAACGGCCUGUCGGUGCCGACAGAGUUCCUGUCACGUCACAACUCGGAUGGUGUCAUCACUUUUGUCGACCCGCGCUGUAUCAACGUCAUUGGUUAUCAGCCUCAGGACCUGCUGGGAAAAGAUAUUCUGGAGUUCUGCCAUCCUGAGGACCAGAGUCACCUCAGAGAAGGUUUCCAACAGGUGGUGAAGUUGAAGGGUCAGGUUCUGUCAGUGAUGUAUCGUUUCCGGAUGAAGAACAGGGAGUGGAUGUUGAUCCGAACGAGCAGCUUCACCUUCCAAAACCCGUACUCUGACGAGAUAGAGUACAUCAUCUGCACCAACACCAACGUCAAGCAACUACAGCAGCAGCAGCAGGCAGAGUUGGAGGUUCACCAGAGAGAUGGACUGACUGCCUACGACCUUUCCCAGGUGCCUGUGGCCAGUGUCAGCAGUGGAGUCCAUGAGGCAGGGAAGAACAUCGACAAGACAGAAGCCCUGUUCUCUCAGGAGAGAGACCCGCGCUUUGCUGAGAUGUACACCGGCAUCUCUGGCUCGGGAGAUAAGAAGAUGAUGGUUCCCUCCUCUACGGCUGGCGGACAGCAGCUCUACUCCCAGAGCUCUCCUUUCCAGCAGGGACACUCUGGCAAAAGCUUCAGUUCUUCUGUGAUCCACGUCCCUGGUGUGAAUGACAUUCAGCCAUCAGGCUCGUCUAAUCAGAAUCUAGCUCAGAUUUCCAGACAGCUCAACCCAGGCCAGGUGGCAUGGUCAGGCAACCGACCCCCUUUCUCUGGACAGUCCAGUAAAGCCCAGUCCAGUCCAUUUGGUAUUGGUUCUGGCCACAGCUACCAGACGGACCCAGCCUCCUACAGUCCCCUGUCAUCACCAGCCACUUCCUCCCCCAGCGGCAACGCCUACUCAGGACUGACAAACCGCAGCACAGCUUUUGAUGUGUCAGGGGAAAGCAGUCAGAGUGGAGCCCAGUUCCAGGGUCGCCCCAGUGAGGUCUGGUCCCAGUGGCAGAACCAACAUCACUCGCAGCAGGCCGGGGAACAGCACACACACCCCAACCCCAGCCAGACAGAAGUCUUCCAGGACAUGUUACCCAUGGCUGGAGAUCCCACCCAGGGAACAGCCAACUACAACAUUGAGGACUUCGCUGACCUUGGCAUGUUCCCACCCUUCUCUGAGUAAUCCCCCCCUUUCUCUCCAUCACUCUCCCUCUCAGAACUGGACUGAUGUUUGCAUUCAUCUCUCAUGGUCUGUCUCAUUUUUCUACACUACCACUCAGAAGUUUUAGAACACCCGCUUCUUCCAGUUUCUAUUGAAAAUUGAGCAGUUCAGGUCCAGUAAAUAACUUUAAAUGGUACAAAGGUCAGCUGUAAACUGCCCAAGGUAAAAAAAAACAAAAAACGUUCAGGUUAUCAAGAACUGAAAGAUGAAGAUCAGCACAGUCUCAGACUUAAACCCAGGCUGGUUUAAAGGAGCUAUUCCUCAGUUUUGCUAUUGCUACAUAGCUGAUGUUAGCAUUAACAGCUGUUUACUUGCCAGUCUUGCCAAGAGCUUCCAUCAUUGCGUUUACAACGUAAGGUUAGAAUACAUCUGUGGAGCAGCACUACUUAAGGGCAGCCUGGACAUUCCAGUGACUCGGAAAGUGACAAGACGGGCUAAUCGGGUCAGGGCUAGCUGGUUAGCAUGCUAAC